AUGGUUAGAAAGUCAAAAGUAGCCUCAAUCACUAAUGAUUAUUAUUAUUGUAUUUGUAGCGGCUCGUUUGUUGUCAAGGAUCCAGAUUACAAACCCUUGGUUUGUAAACUCUGCUCAAAAUAUAGCCACAGAGAGUGUACAAAUUAUUCAGGGAAGCAAGAAGAGUUCGAAUGCCUACUUUGCAAAAUACACCUGCUAGAUCCAUUCAACACAGUUGAUAACUACCUAUGGUAUGAAUGCAUAGGAAACACAACAUCAUACUUUGUAGUGGAUGCUACAAACCUGAGAAAGUGGCGAUCAAACAACAAAGAUAUAUACAUGGCCUGUAUACCGUUAAACAAGGAAGUUUUACAACAUGAAUGGCCGAAAACCUUCCAACUGAAAAUCAAUAACGAUAUGGUCCACGUGGUGAAAGAACCAUCAUGGGAACAUAAAAGAAGAGAUAAUCCAAUCAAAGUGACGUACGCAAUGCGAACAGGAGAAAAUUUGAUUAACAUCACAAGCACUACAUACACGGAAAACGAACCGCUGUUUCUACUAGUAAUGUUUGUGUGUAACCAGGUCACAGUGCAUAACAUAAUUGAUACUUUGAAGAUGAACCACACAAUCCCAUAUGAAGAGGCUAGAGAUAGGAUAUAUUCAAUUCUAAACACAAAAAUAGACGAUGACGAGAUUGUGUGCAUGGAAAACACAUUCAAGAUGGAUUUAAUAUGCCCAGUCACACUGGACAAAAUAACAAUUCCAACACGAGGAAGGUUCUGCGGACAUAUUCAAUGUUAUGACCUUUUCGGAUACUUGAAAGUAAUGGAGAGAACGUCAGCCUUCAACAUGAGGUGGAAGUGCCCAGAAUGUCACCUGAUUGUUAAGCCAUACGACUUGGUAAUUGAUACGUACGUCGAGAAACUCAUCGUCGAUCUUCCCAACGUUAAGACAAUCCAGCUUGAUAAGGACCUUAAUUAUCGCAUAAUCUUAGAUUUAAAUAACGCUAGAUCUUCAGCUAAGACGCAAUCUGAUGAUGAACAACAGUUAAAUAAUGAUGAAGAUAUGGAUUACGUAGCAGAUCUUGAAACUACAAUGAAUUCUACAACGGAAAACGUUAUUGAGUUAGAAUCAGAUGGACAGAAUGUUGACGUGAUAUGUAUAAGCGACGACGAUGUAAAUAUACAAGAACCGGUGAAUGAUAUAAUAGAACCACCAAAGACUCCACCCACCUCAAGAGGUAGACCAAGAAAAAAUAAAAUAGUUGAUAAAAACAUCAAUAGUAGUUCCAGCUCUGAAAAGAAAACCCGAAAGAGGAAGCUAAAGAAACCAACAGAUGGUCCAGAUUCCUUUGCCAUAACUAUAGCCGAUAAAACCUUGGCCGACUGCGUAAACACAUUUAAUCAACAAACAUUACACUCAUUUACCAACUCUACACCAAGCUACGACAAUUUCAUUUUAAAGCCUCCAGUAAUCAACCAGAUGAAUAAAACCUAA